CGACAACCAAGCGACAGAAAAGGCGCAUUUGCGUUGUUCGUGCAGAAGAAGAAGCCGAAGCCAGACGAACGAGCGAGAGCGACACAGCCAAACACACGACAGACACACGACAGACACAGACACAGACACAGAAGGAGGGAUCGAGUGAUUCCACAGCACAGGCAACAAAAGGCAACAAACAAAGACCGCCAAGCACAGGCAUUGCGUCGCAGACGGGGGAACAAGGAAGAGCGCUUGCUUCACAUCACAUCAUAUUUUUUUGACAUCGACAACAAACCGCGACAAUGUCCUUGUUUGGGUUUUUGUCCAAGAAGCCUGCAGAGGCACCAGCAGACCGCAACGACGUCAUGGCAAAGGCACUUCAUGGCAUCGACGAGCAAAUUCAAAUGUUGACAAAGAAGGAGGAGGUGUUGCAACGACGUGUCCUCGAAUGCACAAAGAAAGCAAAGGCGGCCAGGAAGAAGGAGCAGGCCAUGCCGCACCUGCGGCACCGCAAGCGCGUCAUGAAGCAGAUUGGCCUCGUCAAUGGCCAGAUUGACAACCUCACAAACCAACGGUUUGCGCUGGAGAAUGCGACGACGGUGGCGGAGUCUGUGAAGCAGAUGAAGGCCGGCAACGAGGCGCUCAAGAAGCAAGGCCUCGACAUCGACCGCAUGCAGGACGAGAUGGACGACAUUGCAGACGAGAUGCAAAAGCUGGACGAGGUGUCCGACCUCAUGUCGCAGCCGCUCUUUGGCGAACAGUUUGAUGACGACGAGCUGUUUGCGGAGUUUGAGGCGGAGACGCUCGAAGACGAAGAGCUCGGUGAAGACGUCGAGCUCCCAGAUGUCCCGGAGAGCGAAAUCCAAGCACCUGCUGCCAAGGAAGAGGAGAAGGAGCCGGCAAAGGCAAAGGCAACAGAACAGGCAGAGCUGGAGGACCUUGCCGCCUGGUGAUGAUGGCGUUGAUAAAUUUCGUGCAGACCGUACGUGUGGUGUGUCUAUGUGUGUGUGGUGUGUGUGUGUGUGUGACUUUCAGUCGUACACAUGCGUGCUGCCGCUUCAUCUCUUUCAAGCUGCUGACAACCACACUAUUCCCCUGUUCGUACACGUGUCAGAGACAGAGACAGAGAGGGCGUGGGUUUGUAAAUGUGUGUGUACGGGUGCAUGGGUGUGGGUAGUUGUCUACAUGAGGCGUUGUACUGCGUUUGUGUUGUGUUGUAUGUGCAUGCAUUUCUUUUUGUCCCUUGCUUGUGUUUUCAUGAGCAUCGAAUGAGCGACCCCAACAAUCAACAAAGCAAG